GCUGUUCGGAUCAGCAACACUGACUGUACUUCUGGCCAGCGCGUGCGGAUUCUACACAUGAAGCGACUGGAUUUCUCGAUAAAAAGGAUCUGUGGAGAUUUAAUUCGACUCGAGUUGAACAGGUUUGUGAAGUACGAGAAGAUUGAGCUUAAUUCAUUUUGGAACAUGGAAACGAGUGUUCAGAAACGGCUCGAUGUUCUCGAUCGCUCUUCGAAAACGCGUGUUUUAUCUGGAUAGUAUUUUCCACCGUCGCGUUUUUUUGUUUCUUUACGUUGGACCUCAUGGGAAAGAUUUCACAGUGGGAUUACGAACUCCUCUGAACGUGUUUCUCUUCAGCGUGGAAUAACCGAUACGAUGUGGCAUUGAUGGAUACGGCGAUUCUGCUACAACCUGUUACAUUCUGGAAUGUUUGGAAUCCUUUGAAGUGGACGCGGCGCACCGCACAAUAAUGGAGUCAUUAUGACGUCACGUUAUCAAUCACGACGCGCGGGAAACAACAGGGGGAAUCAGUAAUAAUAUCGAAUAAUAUCGGCCUCUUAUUCAAACUCUCUCUUUUUGCUCAUUUAAAUCAAUGCUCCCGCCAGGAGUUUGUCCGCUGUCAAUCACUGGCUAUCUGUCAUAUUCCAUCACCUGUCAAUCAUGCGCUGUCAGUGAUACAGGCCAAUCAACAGCCAGCGUUUAAAAGUAAAGCUCCAUUUGGAAUUCAUUCCUAUUGCUUAAAUUGAGCAUUGGCGCUCUGACUGAUUUAGUUUGGACAGUUUCCGUCAGUAAGCACCGGGGUUUUGGAGUGUUUGGUUGUUUUGUGAACAGUGCAUAAUGUAUGGCCGGAGCCCGCAGCCGCUGCCGGGACAAUGAGGGUUCCUGUGCGGCGUUUGGCCGGGCUCUGGCCGUGGCUGCUCAUGGCUGCCUUGCAGGUGGCGCUGGGCCACACGGGCCUGGAAUUGGCCGCUGCCGUGGAGUCCGAACGGUCCGCUCCCCGAGCCACUAUCACGGUGAAGCUGCUGAAGCAGGAGUCCACCGGCAGGCCCAUCACCCUGGAAGGGCUGUUCGUCCGCGGCAGCGAGGGCAAAGCUCAGGGGAAACUUAUGCAGUCCCACCCGCUGUCUCUGUGUAACACCAGUGAAGAUGAGCGUCAGGAGAGCAUCUUCAUCAGCAUCGUCAAACUGGAGAGCCCAGAGAGCAAAGUGCCACAGUGCCAACCGCUGCUGGAUAAAGCUCGUCUGGCUCUUCAGAGAGGAGCUCAAGCCGUCAUCUUCGACAUCUCUGAUGAUCCUGCCGCUGCUCAGGAGUUGCGUGACGGAAGCUCAUUGGCUGAUCCAGUGGUGCUGGUGACAUCAUCAGAUGCAGAAGAGCUGAUGGGACUCGUCAACAAGAAUGAAGAAGCAAUGGUCUACAUCAACAUUAUGAUUGAUUCUCCAACCUGGCCUCAUUAUGAUGUUGGCAUCCUGUUGACCGUGGCUCUGGUUGUGUUGGCCAUCAUCAUCAUUUUUGUUCUGCGUUACCGCUGCCGCUCCAGCAGAACCUCGGACUCUGUGCAUCAACAGACCAUGCGUGCCAUCAGCCGGCUGGAGACGCGCACGUACAGCUCUGGAUCCCAGCGUUCCCGAAUCGCUACGGGCUCUAACAGCAGCUCCAGCUCCAGCCCAAUCUGUGCCAUCUGCCUGGAGGAAUUCAUGGAUGGACAGGACUUGAGAAUCAUCUCCUGUGCUCAUGAGUUUCAUAAGGAGUGUGUGGAUCCCUGGCUCCUCCAGCACCGAACCUGCCCACUGUGCAUGCACAACAUCAUGGGUAAACUGCCUCAGGGUUCAGACCUGGCAUCCCGUCAGCCCCAAAGGAGUCGACUGCCACCCCCUCUACCCGAACACAGUCAGGCCUUCCUCCUUCCCCAUCACUACUCAAACCAGCACCCGUACCCUCAACACCACGUCCCUUUUUCCCUUCGGCAUCACCAUCCCCGCACCCCUGGACCGUUACCCCAAACGGGUCACUAUGGUAACUCUCCCCCUGUUCAUCCACGCACUCUCCAUUGCUUUCCUAGCAGACCUUUGGGAGCAAGUUGUGCAUACCAUCCAGAUUCCCAUCAUGGACGUACACACAGAACAAGUGCACACAAUUGUCGAACCGUAGGGCAUCACUAUGCAACCCCGAGGCGAUCAUGUCUACGUUGUCCCGGAGCAGCCAUACGGAGCGCUUCAGGUUCUCGAGUGCAUCAUAUUGCAUCAUCUGCAAACCAUAUAACUCAUCAUCAUCAUCUUCUUCCUCGUGCUGGAGCUUCACACAGUCGAAACGACGAUGGCAGCUGCUCAGGAGGGAGUUAUCAUACGGAGCGUAGCGGUUACCUUGCUGACGGGCCCGCUAGUGACUCCAGCUCCGGAUCUUGCCACGGAUCUUCCAGCGACUCCGUAUUGAACUGUACUGAUGUCAGUCUGCAGGGGGUCUAUGGCAGCUGGUCUACUUUUCGGAGCUCACUUAGUAGUGACUAUGACCCAUUUGUGUACUACGGACCAGGAACAGCGGCUCGUAGAGGGAGCAUGGAGGCUACGCAGAGACCUCGAUCACUGGACUCGGUGGUAAACCGUGCUGGAGAUCCCAGUGCUGGCUGUUCAGAAGAGCAGCAACAGGUGGCUGUGUUCAGUCAUGUCCACUAUCACAGGCAUAGGCACCACUAUUACGAGGACGGAGAACUCAAUCAAGGGCCCGCACGUGUUUCUGAUGAGGAUCAAAAUCCCACGUCCCCAAAUACAGCAACCGGCGGCCCCUGCAACUCAAACAAAGACAAAGACUCCUCUGCGGUUUGUCAGGUACAGCACCAGUCAUGCCACUGCCCCAAAACAGACCUCAAAACAGUUGAGGAAAGAAAUCUGGACCCUAUUUCUGCAUCUGUGGCUCCUUUAACCUCUCCGUCCCCAUCUUGUUGCCACAAAUCCCCCGGAUGGACCCCUAGACGGAAAACAACCGGAUGUCCAUCACCAGUUGUUCACUUCCAUCAAAACCUGGACCUUCAGGAUGAUUGUAGCAUUCAUAUCCACUACGGACAGGGAGCAGGGAGCUAUUGCUGUACACCUCCACCGGAUAUAGCCCCAAAAUUGGUGCCUGUACCACUGAUUUUGGACUCGACGGGUAUUCCCGAGUGGCCGUGCUGUGGUGGGACGCAUGUUGUAUGGCAAAAACAGGUACAGCAGGCACAUUCGGAGCCUCAGCUUUUAGGCCCCACUUCUGGAGUGGAUAAUAGACCCCUUUGUAGGGCUCAUUACAGCCCAGGGGACGAACUUCCAGUGGAUAUUUGCCUGUACUGCCAAACUCUACACAAUAGUCAGGGGUCAGAGGAAGAAUCUGGUGUUUGAGAAAACUCUUCCUCCAAAACUCCUCACGCUGCUACACAAGAGCCGAAUUGGACAAAUAAGAAUCUCUUCGGCGAUGAUCUCUCGCUGUCUCUGUCACACACAUGUCGAGUCUUCCAGAUAAUUCCAAACAAAACACCCACAAUCUCCAGACCUCAGAUUGUCCUUCAAACUAAGAUUUGCAAAGGAAUUACAGAUGAUUAGAUGGGUUUUUCUAUGUACUCGUCAGUAGUAACUUGCUGUUACUGGCACCACAUGGCCAAAGCAAGUCAGGUUCGGUACACUCAAGGUACGUUAUCGAUCCAACCGUGACAUUUAACAAGCAAAAAAGCUGUGUUAAUUGAUCGAUGUGGUUACUAAAGGCAUUUUGUCUUCCUUUGGUUUAAGGCAAGAUUCAUUUAGUACCUUCUCUCAUAUACAGCUUAUUAGUUAUUUUCAAUGAAGCCUGUAGCAAUACAUACAUGAUAUAGGGUAACUGAUUUAUAUACUCUGUGAUAGUAUAUAGACACUUCUUUCUAUGCAAAC